AUGGAGCCUCCACUGCCAGAGCUUCCUCCUCCUCCACAGAUGGAGCCUCCACCACCUGAGAUUCCUCCUCCAGAUCCUGAACCUUUUCCUCCUCCAGAAAUGGAACCACCACCACCAGAACUGGACCCCCACCCUCCAGAGCUGCUGCUGCCCUUGGACAUGGAGCCUCCACUGCCAGAGCUUCCUCCUCCUCCAGAUCCUGAACCUUUUCCUCCUCCAGAAAUGGAACCACCACCACCGGAGCUGGACCCCCACCCUCCAGAGCUGCUGCUGCCCUUGGACAUGGAGCCUCCACUGCCAGAGCUUCCUCCUCCUCCACAGAUGGAGCCUCCACCACCUGAGAUUCCUCCUCCAGAUCCUGAACCUUUUCCUCCUCCAGAAAUGGAACCACCACCACCAGAGCUGGACCCCCACCCUCCAGAGCUGCUGCUGCCCUUGGACAUGGAGCCUCCACUGCCAGAGCUUCCUCCUCCUCCACAGAUGGAGCCUCCACCACCUGAGAUUCCUCCUCCAGAUCCUGAGCCUUUUCCUCCUCCAGAAAUGGAACCACCACCACCAGAGCUGGACCCCCACCCUCCAGAGCUGCUGCUGCCCUUGGACAUGGAGCCUCCACUGCCAGAGCUUCCUCCUCCUCCACAGAUGGAGCCUCCACUGCCAGAGCUUCCUCCUCCUCCAGAUCCUGAACCUUUUCCUCCUCCAGAAAUGGAACCACCACCACCGGAGCUGGACCCCCACCCUCCAGAGCUGCUGCUGCCCUUGGACAUGGAGCCUCCACUGCCAGAGCUUCCUCCUCCUCCACAGAUGGAGCCUCCACUGCCAGAGCUUCCUCCUCCUCCAGAUCCUGAGCCUUUUCCUCCUCCAGAAAUGGAACCACCACCACCGGAGCUGGACCCCCACCCUCCAGAGCUGCUGCUGCCCUUGGACAUGGAGCCUCCACUGCCAGAGCUUCCUCCUCCUCCACAGAUGGAGCCUCCACCACCUGAGAUUCCUCCUCCAGAUCCUGAACCUUUUCCUCCUCCAGAAAUGGAACCACCACCACCAGAGCUGGACUCCCACCCUCCAGAGCUGCUGCUGCCCUUGGACAUGGAGCCUCCACUGCCAGAGCUUCCUCCUCCUCCACAGAUGGAGCCUCCACCACCUGAGAUUCCUCCUCCAGAUCCUGAGCCUUUUCCUCCUCCAGAAAUGGAACCACCACCACCAGAGCUGGACCCCCACCCUCCAGAGCUGCUGCUGCCCUUGGACAUGGAGCCUCCACUGCCAGAGCUUCCUCCUCCUCCACAGAUGGAGCCUCCACUGCCAGAGCUUCCUCCUCCUCCAGAUCCUGAGCCUUUUCCUCCUCCAGAAAUGGAACCACCACCACCAGAGCUGGACCCCCACCCUCCAGAGCUGCUGCUGCCCUUGGACAUGGAGCCUCCACUAGAUGGACCCACCCCCACCUAA